CCACGCACUUGCGCACGUGCCAGCUAGCUAGAGAGGUCGAAGUUUUGCACCGUUGCUCGUUGCUGGAGUACACAGUGAGCUGAAUGUGUUUGGCGUUUGUGUUCUGUGCUGGUACUCGUGUACACUGAGGAAAGGCGGCAGGGGGCGGCGUGGCGGGAGAAAUGGCAUCGCGUCGGUUUCUGUUGCUGUCUGUGAUUGUUGUCCUAGUCCUAGUCCAAGUUAUCGUCUUCUUAGCAUGGGCUCGUCCUAAAGUUUUCAAAUUUCAAUUGCAUGCAAAUGUGAUGCGUUCUCUUUCCUCCGACCGUAAUCAACUAGCACUCUAUGCUUUGAUGUCAAGAAAUUCAGCUGAAAUAACCUCUCCUCCGACUAAGCAACUGUCUCCCCACGUCAUAGACACUUCGACCCUCUCUCACCUCUUUCACGCUGGCGGGUCGACAUGGAAACGUAGGUCUUUCUGCGAGGAUUUCUUCGAGAGACGCUAUCACACACCCGUCGAAGUCUGCAGAAAAGGAUCGCAGAUUCGUUGUUUUUGGAAUCCCGAGAAUGCGCACGCCGCAACUUGCGACAUGCAUCAGAUUAUGAUAAGACCGCGGAAGCUGUGGAAGGCCAUGGAGAACGUGGAGGGUUCCUUUCCACAUUCUGGAGCUGUUGGUUUACUGACGGAUCGAGAAUAUGACUGUGGGAAGUCUACUAUUGAUAACCUUGCCAAAACGAUGGAGGGAGGGGAUUACGUGAAGUGGUUUGUUGAUGACCUCAUAUCUAAUCAUGCCCUCCCCAAAGAGUCCUGUCAGCACUGGAUUAACGAGACGGCUUUUCUCUUCAGCAGUCAAUCUCACCACGUUUACUUCAGAUUUCUAGCGUACUACUCAAUUCACAAGAGUCUAAUUGAUCACCACGUGGAGCCUGGGAGCUAUCGUGUUUUCAGGCUCACCGAAGGGUACAAUUACAUCUUUUCUGAUUACGAACGGGCCCUUUUUCCUGGUGUUAUGCCAGCUACGGAUCUUCCGGAUGGUAACGUUUGCUUCAGGAAGGCAGUGCUUGUGCCCAAGUGCUACGCAACGAUACUGUUCCAGUGUAAGAUGCAGUACGAGAUAAGGGAUAAGUGUUUGGCGUGCGACGGACGUGGCCUAACGGGAACGUCGCUACGGUCUUUCCGAACUAGAGUCCUAGCCGCAUGCAGCAUCGAAGACGCACCGAAACGAAAAACUGACCCUAAACUCAUCACUGUCAUUUUGAGGGAGCCGUACACGAGAUGGGCCGGGGAUCACCCUGGCCAUUUCGAGAGGGUCCUGACGAACGCGAAAGAGCUCGUGGCGGGACUGGAAAAAUCUUUUCCGGACUACACGGUGAAACCGGUCCACAUGGAGGAGCUGUCCGUCUGCGAGCAGAUUGGGUACACGCACGACGCAGAUUUUCUCGUCGGGGUCCACGGAGCCGGGCUGGUUCACCUGUGGUGGCUGCGGGAGGAAGCUGUAGUUAUAGAACUCGAACCCUAUUUCGAGAUGGGUAACCCAAGUUUUAAAACUCUAGCAAUGUUGACCGGUCGUCGCUAUGUGGGUUUGUCCAUUGAGGGGUCAUCUGGUGGGGUCAGAGUUAAUGUAAACGCCAUUAUAGAACAGAUAAAGUCUCAUUCUUAACAUAAUCAUCAUCGUGUGUAUAUAAAUGUCACAUCUUUUCACUUCUGUAUUAAUACAUUAUUGCCACG